CAGGUAAUGACAGUUGUCACAGUCACAUUGUCAGCUGCUUCCUUGCUUCUGCUUGUUGAUUGAACACAAACAAAACUUGAAACCUGUGCUUGAAACUGAACUUUUGAGAAUCGCUUAAACAAUACAGGUGCACCCUUCUACGUCAAUAUGUAGCUUUAGAAUAAUUGUGAUUCUAAUUAAAUACUCACCGACAACACCUAAAAAAUACCAAAUCCUAUAGAUGUGUAAUAGUUGAAAAUCAAAAAUGUCGUGUUCGAAAGAAGAAAUUGAAAGAAAGCGCCUGGCAGCGCUUCAGAAACGACAACAAGUUCUGUCUCAUAGCAGUAACACUAAUCAAAACACUCCCUCGAAGCCGUGGCCUGGCCAAAUCAGCAGUCCGCAGCCAUGCUCAUCAAAUGGUGCAUUUAAAUCAUCAAUGACGAGUAAUUCGAAUAGGAGCCACCCUUACUCCAAGCCUAAGACUGGCAGAAGUGAGGAGAAUAACGUGCCUGUCGGCAAAGUAGUCAGUGGAACUGUGUACCUGAUAUCUGAAGACAGAUUUGAGGUGAACCCCUCUGAAUUCUGUGCGCCUCUCAUCAAUAUAUUUAAGAGUUUGCCUUCUAAAAGUUAUGAUGCAAAAUCAAAGUUAUGGAACUUCUCAGUGAAUGAUUACCAGCAGUUGAUGUCAAAAGUGGCGCCAUUGGCUCCACACAUAGUGCUAGGUCCUAUCCCACCAUAUGUACUGAGGGUGUUAAGAGAAGAAUCAAUGGAUCCCAGCUGUGUGGACCUGUCUCCUGUGGAAGCCACCUUGAGAAAUAAGCUGAUGCCAUUCCAAGCGGAAGGAGUCAGGUUUGGCAUAUCUCGUCGCGGGCGCUGCAUGAUAGCAGAUGACAUGGGGCUGGGCAAGACGUUCCAAGCCCUGGCUAUUGCCAGCUACUACCGACACAACUGGCCUCUGCUUAUAGUCACCACUUCCUCUAUGAGGGAGACAUGGCAGAGUAAGAUACAGGAGUUGUUACCAUCCGUUCCUAUGAUGAACAUAGCCACGCUCACCUCAGGGAAGGACACACAGUUUGUUGCUGAUAAACAAACGGAGGUAGUCAUAGUCAGCUACAAAAUCACUAGCAUGUAUCAAGAUUUGUUGAAGAGUAAAAAGUUUGGAGUUGUUAUUAUUGACGAAUCUCACUACCUGAAGUCUCACAAGGCACAGUGCACGGUGGCACUAAGCAGCAUCACGCGGCAGUGCUCCCGCGCCGUGCUGCUGAGCGGCACGCCGGCCCUCAGCCGCCCCGCCGAGCUCUACACGCAGCUAGCACUCAUAGAGCCUGGCUUCUUCUCUUCUUAUACUGACUAUGGUAAGCGUUACUGCGACGGCAAACAGACCAACUUCGGCUGGGACAUGACGGGGCAGUCGAACCUGCCGGAGCUGCAGAUAAUACUGCAGAAGCGGUUCCUCAUCAGACGCACCAAGGAACAAGUCCUCACUAGCUUGGAGGAGAAGACCAGAGAAACAGUCCUCCUAGAUUCAACACUACUACAACAUACGGACACAGACAUGGGUCUGAACGACAUGGCGGAGGCGUACAAGAGUAGUCGCGCCUCCGACAAGCACGCGGCACUUAUAACUUACUUCAGCGAGUCCGCUAAAGUCAAGAUACCUGCUAUUUGCCAGUACAUCCGUCAGCUAGUGACGGACGGACCAGCAGAAAAGUUCCUAGUGUUCGCUCAUCACCGCGCUGUGAUCGACGCUGUUUGCACGACGCUGGACGAAGAAAACUUAGGUUAUAUAUCCAUCGUGGGAUCUACGCCUGCUAAUACUAGAGCGGAGCUAGUGGACAGGUUCCAGCACAGCGACUCAUGUCGUUGCGCGGUGCUGUCCAUCACGGCGGCUAACUCCGGCCUCACGCUCACCGCCGCCAGUCUCGUGCUCUUCGCUGAACUGCAUUGGAACCCCGGGAUCCUGACCCAAGCGGAGUCCCGAGCCCACCGACUGGGUCAGCGCGGCUGUGUACGCGUGCGCUACCUGCUGGCGCCGCGCACCGCCGACGACCUCAUGUGGCCCAUGCUGCAGGGGAAGCUCAAUGUGCUCAACGAUGUAGGAUUAAGUAGAGAUACAUUCGAACACACUACUAUGAAACAUCAGGAAAGUAAAAACAACAUAUCUCAAUACUUAACACCCUGUACAAUGCCUAAGAAUAAGAACGAUUACAUCCCCGGCACGAACAUUAGAAAGGACUCAAUCAAAAGUGACGUCACGAACGAACAGACAAGCGAACAAACAAACACACACACACAAAACGGUGAUGACGUCGACAAGUCUUUCUUAGAUGAUGAUGAAGAUGAUGAGCUUCUCGCCAAUCUAGAUCUAUAGUUUAAGUUAUUGUGAUAUUUAUUAAAGUUAUAAAAGAUUUUUGCAUUA